UUAAAGAACAAGAGAAAGUGAAUGAAAGCUCUCUCCUUACAUUCUUUUGUCCCAAACUCUUUGGUCAUCUUUUCAACUUUUCUCCAAUUUUACUUUAAGAUCCUAUAUGUUCUACAUGUUUCAAGUUUCUAUUGAUGCAUGGUUAGAGGUAUGUGUGUGUAGUAGUUUUGAGUUUCUCUUGAACCCCCCCUUUUUAAUGUAUACUUAAGCUAUAGAAUAAAAGGUUUUUGUGCUACAACUUUUGUUGUUAUGGGUUCUUUAAAAGAUCCAAAAACAUGGAUACCUCAUAUAAGUACUAAAGAUUGUUCCAAAAAGAUAUGCAGCAUAUAUUGCACAAAAUGGUGUAAAUAUGUUGUCCUUCCUUCACCACCAUCACCACAACCGCCGCCGCCACCACCACCCCCUCUAGUGAACGAUUUAGGUGGCAGUGGCACCACCCUUUCACCGGUGGUGAUUAUGAUCAUUGCUCUUAUUGGAACAUUUUCUCUUUUGAUUGCUUACUAUGUUAUAAUCUCGAGAUAUUGUUCAAGAAACAAUGAAUCAUCUAUGUUGUCAAGUAGAGUGGUUGUGAAUCAAGAAAACCGUGAUUUGGAAAUUGUAGUGGAUGGUAUUGAUCAAGAUGAUGAUAAUUCAAGCUAUGUUCCUUGGCUUGUUUUAGGUAAGGGUUUGGAUGAGGCUAUGAUCAAGUCGAUUACAAUGUGCAAGUACAAGAAAGGAGAUGGUUUGGUUUUGUGUACAGAAUGUACGGUUUGUUUAGGUGAGUUUCAAGAAGAUGAGAGCAUUAGGCUUUUACCAAAUUGUGAUCAUGCCUUUCAUGUUCAUUGUAUUGAUACUUGGCUUAAAACUCAUUCGAAUUGCCCCUUAUGUAGAGCAAAUGUAUGCUUUGAAGUUAAAGAUUCGACGUGUAGCUCACCUCCACCUCCUCCUAGUACUCCACCACUACUGCCACCAGUGAUGACAAGUGAGUUAGAAGAAAGAGAUAUUGGAGAGGAUGGUCGAAGGGAGGUAAUCAGAUCAAAAUCAAUGGGCUAUUUGUGCCAAACUCAAGCAUCAAUAGCCCAAGUAACGUUCUUUAAUCAAGCGGAAGAACUGGCACGACAAGAAGUUUACUAUGGAAAUGAUGCUGAAUCAUCACAAAAUGUUUACAAGGAAAACAUGUGUUGAAGUUUGUUAAUGCGAGCCAUCUUGGAAAAGAUCAUAUUCAAGUUGUAAAUAUUUGUUACCAUAGAGGUUGUAACUAGGAUUUUUGUUUUGAAGUCGUAGUUAUUUUUGGAUGGAUAUAUGGUCAUUCAUUUCAUGUACGUACCUCUUGGUAUUGUUAUGUUUAAGUUUAUAUUUUCAA